AUGAUGAUUUCAGAUGAUGAAUUAUCAAAAAUAUUAGCAGAUACACUGAAUCAAACCAUUUUGACAUUUGAGAACAUUCAGAGAUCAGAUGAGGUUAAUUUUGAUGAAUCAUUCACUAACACUCUCAUUGAAAAAUAUGAGAUCUACCACAUCUAG